AUGUUUUUUUUUGUUGUUGCAGAUGACGAUUCAGCGACAGUGAACGGCAUCAUAACCAGCGAUGGACUAUUCGAAGGAACAGUAACGACAUCUUCGGAAGAAUAUCACAUAGAGCCAGUCAACAGAUACGUCAGUCCUGGAAUGAGAGAACCGACAUUUCAUUCCAUAGUUUAUAAGAAUUCUGAUGUCCAAGAUCCACGAAAAGGUCAACCAUGUGCCUCUCACCGCCUGAGCCUUAAGAACGACCAUGGAGAAGAUAACCAUCUCCGCAAGAAACGUUGGCUGCUCGAAGCUGAAGCUAAGCUGCCCUUCGACGAUCCUCCCAGCUUCUUUUUUCCUAAUCAUAACAGAACUAGGCGACCGUUUACAUCAAUUUUCGAUAUCAGUCAACCUAUCGAUGAGGAACUCGAGAUGACUGGAGGAAACAGGAGCACAAUUGAUCUUUCGAACUUAAUCUUCCGAAACGUGAACAAACGAGCAACAGUAGACCCAAAGAAAACCACGUGUAUGCUGUAUCUGCAGGCAGAUCACCAGUUUUUCACGAAGUACGGUACUGAAGAGGCUUGCAUUGAAGUUAUGACCAGGCACGUCCAGAGGGUGAAUUAUAUCUACAAAAGUACCGCACUGCUAUGAGGAAUGGAGGAGCCGUCUCCAGCGUUGUGUGGCUUCAGAAAAAAGUUAUUUGAGGGUGAC